GUCAUGCGAUCAACAAGUGCGCAGGUGCAGAGUAAGAGAAUUUUUACCGUUCACACACAACACACGAUGGAGCGGGGGUCUUAAGAUUUUAACAUUAAAACUACGACUUUUAAUUUAUAUCAAUUACCUAGCAUGCUUGGGGAUUUACAUUGGAUUAUUUUAGCGAGCUGACCAAGGGAAAUCGCGAACCAAAAUGUCUAGACUUAUACGGUUUUUGAGCCGAAGACGAACGGGUCGCGGGAUUCAGAAAGUUGGGGAUGGAAAGCCAAGAAAGGGAUGCAUCAAUUGCAAAAUAAUCCUACUGGAUGGAACGGAUAUCAGCAUAGACAUAGACAAAAAAGCCUUAGGCCAAGAACUUUUAGAACGUGUUUACUACAAUUUAGAUCUGAUAGAAAAAGACUACUUCGGUCUGCAAUAUUCAGACGCGGCUGGAAUAAAUCAUUGGUUAGACCCAACAAAAAGUAUAAAGAAACAAGUCCAAAUUGGGCCACCCUACACACUCCGGUUACGAGUGAAAUUUUACUCAUCAGAACCAAAUAAUUUACAUGAAGAACUCACAAGGUAUCAGUUUUUCCUUCAGUUGAAGCUAGAUCUUCUAAAUGGGAGGCUGGAAUGUCCAUACGAGACCGUGAUAGAACUAGCAGCAUACGCACUACAGUCUGAGUUGGGUGAUUUCGAUGAAGAAGAACACACACCAGGGUUCAUCUCUGAAUUCCGCUUCGUGGAAAAUCAGACGGAAGAGAUGGAGAUGGAAAUAGUAGAAAUGUAUAAGACUUGCAAAGGCCAAACUCCUGCCCAAGCUGAGUUGAACUUUUUAAACAAAGUCAAGUGGCUGGAAAUGUACGGUGUGGAUAUGCAUACAGUACUGGGUAAAGAUGGAAUGGAGUAUACGCUUGGCCUGACACCUACAGGGAUUUUAGUUUUUGAGGGAUCACAAAAAAUUGGGCUCUUUUUCUGGCCCAAAAUCACCAAGCUUGAUUUCAAAAAGAAGAAACUCACCUUGGUGGUUGUUGAAGAUGACGAUGAGGGCAAGGAACAAGAGCACACAUUCGUCUUUCGUUUGCUUCAUCACAAAGCGUGCAAGCACCUUUGGAAAUGUGCAGUGGAGCAUCAUGCAUUCUUUCGCCUACGUGCUGUCAAACAGCCAACGGGCCGACAGAGCUUUUUCAGGAUGGGAUCCAGAUUUAGAUAUAGUGGCAGAACAGAGUUCCAAACAGCGACAAUGAACAGGUCACGACGCUCGGUGAGGUUUGAACGAAAACCGAGCAAACGAUUCUCCAGAAGGCCAACAUUUGAAAAACGAGAGCGAGAAAAAGCAGCAGAGAGGCAGAAAGCACGCGAGGAAAGCAGAAAGAGGGCGCUGGCUGCAGUUGGAGCCAGGGCAGAGGCGGCAAACGCAGAAGGAGGAGAAACCACGCCAGCCACCACUCCCACAACGCCCAUGGCAAAGACCGAAGUCCCCAACGGUUCUCCAGGUGCCACAGCGAGCGUUUCCUCCCCAAUCGAGCGAUUGGAUAACUUGAUUAAAGCGCCCACUGCCAAGGAGAGGCCUAAAUCUGCCUCUUCUACAGGUUCACAGGGAGCGACGCAGAGUAAAACUACACCACCCAAAGAGAAGGAAACGGUUUCACUCCUUGAGGCGUCGGAGGCUGCAGCAGCCAGGCUAAAAGGACUGGACAGCACUGCCCCUGUGCUGCAGAAGAAAGAGAACAAGGACGUCAACACGUUCAGGAACAACCAGUUGAAGUUUGUCAGUGGCGCAGCGUCCAUUCCUCCCGACCAGAUGAAGUCCAAUAUACUGAAAGCCAAAGCUGAGGAAGAGAAGAAGAAAGCUGCAUCUGUUUCCUCAAACCCAGAAAAAGAUGAGAAGGAAUCUGAAUCGGAAGAAGAAGAAGAGACAGAGCCAGAAAGUGAAGGAGAGGAGAACACGUACACCGAAGAUGACAUUGAUGCCAUUAUGAAUUCCUUGAAUGGUUCGCAUACGGUAGCGCACGACAGGUCGUCAACCACUGAAGAUACUUUCCAUUUGUUGAAAACUCCUGGUGCUUAUGAGAAUGGUAAAAUGCGUGCUUGGAUAUAUCGCAGCUCGGAGAGCCCAACGCGUCUCAGCAGCACUGGUGGAAGUGAUGCCAGUGCCAGGUCCACACCGUCGCCUGUGACAAAGACGUCACCCAUCACAAAGACGUCGCCCAUCACAAAGUCGCCUGUAUCCAAAACAAGCCCAACACCUGUGGUGGCUAUGCAAGGCAAGAACACAAGCAAAGGAACAAAACCUGCUGUUGUCCCACGGGGUACAAAGUCUGCUAAGACCCCCGCUGCUUCUUCCUCCUCCUCCUCCUCCUCCCCCUCCGCCCGUGUGGCAUCCCCCACUUCCCCUAACAACGAGCAGGGUGACCUUGCUUUGAGUUUGAGUGCUAGUCCACCUACUGUUCGUGACACCGAAAUGUCACUGGAUGACAUCUUGAAAAACAUAACCUCCAUUUUUGGCACUGCGGCCCCAGAUGCAAGCACCUCUGUCGCUUCCUCUGUCAGUACUAACCCUUUCUUAGACUCUAGAGCCUCUCCUCUGACUAAACACAUGACAACUACAACUACAGCUCCUUCAGCCUCUGUCUCUCCUCCUACCAAGCAUGCAACCAAGUCCAAGAAUCCCUUCUUUAAGAGCUCGGAGAAUGUUAACAGUAACUCCCCCGUCAGUCAGCCUGACAGCCCUGUCACCUUCGUCAUCACACCCAGCAACCCUUUCUACCAGCUUGCUUCUUCAACUGAUGAUUUGGCAUCCUCAACCGAGGCGACUUCAGAUAAAGAUGCUGCUGCUGUUGCUGCUACUAAUGCCACUGAUGUUGCCACUAAUGCUAACGCCAUUGCCCCGCCUGUUCCUCCACCCAAACCAACUUCUCCCAAACCCGCUGCUCCUAAGCCUGGUGCCUUGAAAGCUGCACGUAUGAAAGCUUUGAAUAAGAGCAACCAAGCACAUGCUUCUACUAACAAAACUUUUGAGCAGAAUUCUGGAAAAAAUGAUCAGCCUAAUGAUGUUGGCAAAGCGACUGCAACUAAAACCAUUGAUAGCAACACUGUGCCUGCUAUGGUGAUGUCUUCAGCAGCAGCUAACACUCAAAAGGCAACAAAAUAUCAGGGUGCAAAGCCCUAUGUGCCAGUCACAUCCAGGCCACGCCUCCCACGUCCAAAUGUCCCCGCCCCUUCCCUCCCAUUGGACAACAAAUCCCUGCCAACUCGUUCGAACGGCCCAAACACCAUCGCUGUUAGUUCUAGCAGUGGCUUGCCUGCCGAGACUCCGCAUCACAUGACCAGUGGCAAGAGUGCGCCAAAGUCGCCUGCAGCAACAGGACAGGUCAUUGAAACCUCAUUCACCAGUAGCAACCCAAACACCAGGAAAGUGUCCACAAGCGCCAACAAACCAGUCACAGCCAAGACAACAACAAGCACAGUAACAGUCACACGGGCCCCGUCUAAUUCCACUGAUCUAUCGCCGUGGCACGUGUCAUACUCUGGUGACAAUAAGGUGAUCAAGAAAACCACGCUUAUUACAGAACUAUGAAAAAUGGCGUAGCUCUUUGGUCACAACCAGAAGGAACUCGGUUUUAGCCUUGGUUUUUGUCUUUUUAUGAAAUAAAAAGCGGCAUUGGAUUGAUUAUUUGACACAUUUUGAUUUUGCUUAAUGCUUUCUUAAUGCAAAGUUUACUACUCCAGUGGAUGGUGUUUCGUGGAUUUAUUUUGCCAGUGAUUAGGGGGCGUAAUUGCUAUCAAGUUUGUAUGCUGCUGCCGCCUGGUGACCAGAUUAGGGCAAUUAUCUUUGGGCCCCCAAAAAUUGGAAACCUGUGAAUGAUUGAUUUAUUACAUGCUAAGAGGAUGCUGUGCACUUUUAAGAACAUGUCACUCGCUUAUCUAACAUUGCCAUUUUUAUGUAUAUCUUCAAAAGAAAUGGGCAGACAAAGGUUCUUUCAUUGAAGGCAACAGCUGUAUAUUUCACAAUUAAUAGUCGAGGUCAUAUAUGUAGCUUGACAAAUGUUACAGAUUUGUUCCAUUCUAUUUGCAACUGGGCUAUCAUGCUGUAGCAUAUACAAAAUACGUUGUUAUUCAUUUGAUGGAGUCACCCACAUUCAACAUUUGGACAUGCUGAAGAGGAGCUUCAUCUUUUGUCUGAAGAUAUGAAGUCAGUUAUGGAAUAUUACCAGAUAUUUGCAUUUUUAGGAGCAUAGUAACUUUGUUCCAAUGAAUAUUUUACAAAAGGCUGAUUGAAAAAAUAAUCAUUGCAUUUUACUUUGUUUUUCU